AUGCCAUCGAGGACGGAGAUUGCAAUUGGAGUGCGACCAUCGAACCUAGCGGAAGGGCGCCGUAGUCAAGACUACGACGGAGGAGAACGGGGCCGGUACGACGCUGGUCAGUUCAAGAUUGGCACGAACGAAGACAACACCGAGAGCGUGAACGUGUGCAAGGCUAAGGGUCAUCUUCGCACAAGCGCUUGUGAGUGUGAACACCGGCUUGGUGCGAGCCCUAGAGAAGACAAAUAA